GUGAUCUUGGUGCGAGAUGCAGAGAGCCGCACGGAGCUGGUGAAGCGGAUAGGGUCAAAGGGACUAGUACUCAGCGUGCAUGAGUGCAAGGGGCUGGAGUUCCAGGACGCCCUGGUCUACAAUUUCUUCUCGGGAUCACCAAUGGCGUCGAGCUGGCGGCUGCUGUACCACUACAUGCGCGAGCACUCCCUCAUCCCCUCCUCUGAGGACGCCUCCAGCCGCUGGCAGUGCCCCUCCUUCGACCCCAAGCGCCACAACCUCCUGUGCAGCGAGCUGAAGCAGCUGUACGUGGUGCUAACCCGCGCGCGGCAGCGGCUGUGGAUAUACGAGGAGGAUGAGGGCGCGAGGCGGCCUGCCAUGGACCUGUGGGGGGCGAUGGGCGUGGUGGCCGUGAAAGCACUCACGGCUGACCUCCUCACGUCCAUGCAUACUGAAUCGUCGCCCGAGGGGUGGCACAAGAGGGGCACGGAGCUAUUCAACGCAGCUCAGUUCGAGGCAGCAGUUCUCAGUUUCGAGCGAGCAGGGGACGAGCACAGUGCAGCAGUGGCACGGGCAGCGCUGCUGCAGCAGACAGCCAAGAGGCUACAGGGCACUGACCCUAAGAAAGCCAGCAAGACGUUUCAGGAGGCCGCUGAGGCGUUUCUAAAGGUGGAAAAGCCGAGAGAUGCUGCCCGCUGCUUCAUCAGUGCGGGCAAGAUGAAGCAAGCAGGUGACGUUUAUCGUGACAGGUGUGUGCCUUCCAUGUGGGUGAAAGCAGGGGAGUGCUACGAGUUGGCAGCAAUGGCAGAGGAAGCAGCACAGUGCUUUGCACAGGUGUGGGAGGUAGAGAGGGUGCUGCUCGUGUGCACACAGAAUCGCUUAUACACUCUCGGGGUGUCCCUGCUGCAAGUGUGGCAGGGGCAGGUGGAAGAGGGAAUGAGAUCGGUGAAAGUAAAGCAGAACCAGCAGGGGCAGCAGCUGCAGCAGCAGAAGCAGGAGGAGGAAGCGGAGGAGGAGAAGUGGAAGCAGCGAGAGAGGCUCGUUGUGCGGAAGAACGCAGAGUUUCUGCAGCAGGCUGCGAUGUAUUACUAUCGGAAGAAGAACAAGGGUGAGAUGCUGAGGUUUGUGCAUCAAUUCCCGUCGCUGGCAAAGAAACGGCAGUUCUUAGAGAGGCGAGACUUUUUCGAUGAUCUGCUCCAGAUUGAGGUAGCUGAGGGGAAUUUCCAGCGGGCAGCUGAGAUGAUGCUCAAGAAGGGCGACAUGGUUGGGGCAGCGAGAAUGUUUCUCGGGCAGAAGAAAUGGGGGCGGGCGUUUGAGUGUGCGAUGGGUGCAGCUCGUGUCGCAAGCAUGUGGGCGAGCGGGAACAAGGGAUGGCCGUUGAAUGUUCGGGAGCGGAAGCAGGAGAAGCAGGAGAAGCAAGAGCGUAAGGUGGAGACCAAGAAAGACGAGUCAAAGGCGGGAAAGGGGAAGGAGGAUGAGGGAAAGAAGGCGGAGGUGAAAGCAGGAAAGGGAGAGGUUGUUCCAAAUGCAUGGGAGACCAGGGCAGAGGUGGAUGAGAGGGAAACGAAAUUUAAAGGCAAGGUAAACGCUCGAGAGGGAGAGGGGAAGCAGGAGGAGUUUGAGAAGCAGCAGGAGGGGGUGGAAAAGAAGGUGGAUGGGAAUGUAGAUUCGAGUAUGGAUGGACUGGAGACAGCUGUUGCUGUGUGGGUGCGGGAGAGGAAAGCGAGAGAGCAGAGGAAGGGGGCGAAAGGUCUAGGAGAGGAGAGUGCAGUCGAGUCAGGUGUUCAAGGACUGGGUGGGGUAUUAGGGAGGGAAGGUGGGGAGGUGGAUGAGAGGGAGGGCUUGGAGGCUGUCACGCUGCUGUGGCUGCGGGAUUUCCACGCUCAGGGCGGUGCAAAAGGGCGUGGGAGAGAGGUGGAUGCGGGUGGGAGAGAGAUGGAUAAAUGGUGGCAGCUGCUUGUUCGUUGCCGAGCAGACGAGCUCCUUGGUAUGGUGGGUUCGAUGGGGAAAAACUCUCAGGAAGGUGAGUCUGCAGUACUGACGGAUAAAGAAGCAGGGGAAGGGGAGGUGGUAGCAGAGGAAGGAAAGGAGGAGGGGGAGGAGGAGGAAGAGGAGUUGGAGCUGGGUGCAAGGAGCCUUGCUGCUGAAGUGCUGGUGAGCUGGCAGGGCCUUCAGAUGAGCAUCCAACGGGCUAAAGCUUUGCUCUCUCAGCCUUUGAGCUCCUCACUUUCUCGCUCUGGUGCUGCGCCCUCUGCCCCAAUGCUCCCUUCUCCUGUCAAGCCUGGUGCCAACCAGCCCUCUCGAGCAUCACCUGCAGCAGCACCACCAGCUGUGCCUCUCCGACCUGCAUGGCAGGUGGUAACCCAGGGAGCUCCGCAGCAGUUGCAGCAGCAGGGGCAAGUACAGAAAGAGAAGCAGCAGGAGCAGCAGGAGGAGUUGCUAUUUGAGGCGGAAUGGAGGGAGGUGAAGGUGUGGUGGGGGCGGUGGAGUGAGAGAGUUGCAGCCAUGGUAGCAGCACUGCAGCGACUGCAGAGGCGCAGAGAGCUACCCUCAGAUGCGCCCUGGCUAGAAGCCACCUUCCACCUCCUCUCUGUCUCCUCCCCCUCCUCCUCCUCUUCCCACUCCGCCUCCCACGCUUUCACCUCCUCCUCUUCUCAAUCCCUUCUUGUCGGCCUGUCGUCUGCUCAUUGGCUGAACCCUGUGCGAGCGGCAGUGAACCACCUGCCGAACCAGGGCACGCGGGGGGAGGUAGCAAGGGAGGCUGCAGCCAGGGCAGGUGCUAUCUACUGGGCGAGGCAGGCGAGUGAGAUGGUCAAGGAAUGCGCGGGUGUGAUGCAGCAGGCUUUAAGAUCUCUGGAGAAAGGUGUGGUCAGUAGGAGGGAGCAAGUGUGGGGGUCUGGUGCAGGUGCGGUGUGGGACCGAGGGCGGCAGGUGAUUGGGAGUGGGGAGGCGGGUGAUAAGAAGAGAGCGAGAGAGCUGCACUUGCAGCUUGAGCUUUGGGUGGAAGUUCACGCGCUGCUUCAGUUCGCAAUAGACCUGUGUGGGGGGGGCAGGCAAGAGCAGAAACAGCAGCAGGGAGGGGAGCAGAGCAUCGAGGUGCAAGGGGCAGGCGGGGUGGCUGAGGAGGGGGGGAUAGCGCAGUUGGCAGGAGAUGUUGAGCUGUGGAAGGAACAACAAGAGAGAGUGAUCUUGCGGUUGCUCUCAUUGCUCUUCCCUGUCACCAGCCCUCUUCCUCGCUCCGUUGCAUUUGUGGUGGCGAGGUGGAGGGAGGACGAGCGAGCGCGGACGUUGAUGCGCAAGUGGGCUUGCUCAUGUGUUCAGACAAGCGUGGUUGAAGGGCGGAAGCAGAAGCAGCGGCAGGAGGAAGAGGAGCAACGGCAGAGGGAGGAGGAGCAACGGCAAAGGGAAGAGGAGCAACGGCAGAGGGAGGAGGAGCGACGGCUGCAGCAGGAGGAACAGCAGCAGGAGGAACAGCAGCAGGAGGGGGAGGAGGAGGAGCAGAAUCAGGAGCAGCAGGAGCAGGAGGAGGAGGAGCAACUGCAGCAGCAGCAGGAGCAGCAGCAGCAGCAGGAGCAGGAGCAGCAGCAGCAGCAGCAGCAGGAACUCAUGGACCCACUGGUACCACCAGGACUGUUCGCCCAGCUGAUGCAAGUGCUGCCGUAUCUAGGGCCCUGGUGGAUGCGCAGGGAGUGCCAAGAUCUCAUUGCGCUCAUGCCGCCUUCCAGAGUGGAUGUGUGCGCUCGCAUGCUGCUGGGUGCACAGUGGGAGUUUGCAGCGCAGACUCUUACUCUCCAUCUCCCCACGCACUUGUCUGGAACGGUGGCUUUACACCACUGGGGCCUGGCUCUCUACUAUGUGUACGAUUGGUGCUACUGGGAUGUAAAGGACGGUUUCGUUUCCUUCCCCGUAUUCCUCAACCUGGCGGAAAGAGCAGCAGUGCACAUGUGUGCAGCCAUCACCAAUCUGGAAAACCUCGUCAUCCCCACCUCCCUCGCGUCCCUCCACCUGGAAGGCCAACACUACUCCAACCUCUGCACACACAUGUUCAAAUGGCCGUUCAACCAAAACCCGUACACUGUGGCUCAAAUCCACGACUCGAUUCUCCACCCGCUCCUCCACAUCCUCAUCCGUUUCCUUGUCUUCGAGCCAGACACUCUUAUCUGGUGGUUGAACAAGAGCGGUGUUUCGCCAACCGAGCACGGUUCAGUCUUCCUCCGCCUCCUCAUCCUCGUCGCAUUCGCUGUCUCCAAUGUCGACUGUGACCAUGAACAAAAACUAUUCUGCUACCUUAUCACAAACCUCCUGAAGCUCAUCUCUCCAAUAAGCCGGCUGCCCCACCGGCUUGUCUCCACGCUUCCCCCGCAACUGCAACGGGAUCUCAAGAACAUGUUCAGGAUGGACCGUGAACCUCCCUCCCCCUACGGCUUCUACACCAUGCUGGCCCGUCACAUGCGCACCAUGCAUGACCCCUGGGUGGUGCUCCGACGCAGGGAGGCUCGGAUCAUCCCGGAUACGGAAUGGAAAGCCAACCUGAUGCAUGUGGAUGUUGAGUUUACACCUGAGGCUGCUGGAGGUGCCGCUGCUGCUGUGCGUGAAAACGAAGAACAGCAAUGUGUCCCUGUGUUUUCGCUGCAGAAGCUGACAGGGUACCGGGUUCCAAUGCUGGGUGGUGACAGUGGGGGGGAUGCUGCUGCUGGUGAUGAUGGUGCGACUCUGGAAGAUGGCACUGCUGGUGUUGAUUCAAAGGAAGACGGGUUUGGAGAUGAGUCAAAGGAAGAGGAUGUGGCAGCGACUGCAGCGGCAGCGGCUCAAGAGGGAGAGAAUCUGGAGCAUGGGAAGGAGUGGGGUGGUGAUGGGGAGGGGAAGGCGGGCACAAGUGGUGGUGCUGGUGGCAUUGCGGAGGGUGCAGAAGCAGGGGAUGGUCUGGGGAAGAAGGGCGAAGAGGACGGUGUUGAGAUGAGCGAGGGCGCGAAGGAGGUGGUGAAGGAGCUUAAGAAUGCGCAACUGCAGAACGACGAGAGGGAGGAGGUGGAUGGCGUCAAGAUAGCUCUGAGGAUCACACAGCAGCUGCGAAGCUGCGUGCAGCAGGCACGUGAGCGGCUGCAGCAGGAGCUGUCGCCGCUCCAGCAGUGCAGCAGGGAGGCACGGAGGGCGCUGACAGCCAGGCUUGAGUCCGUCAGUGCAAUUGAGCGGGCCUUCUAUCUCAAGGAGUAUGAGGAGCAUGCGUGCCCUGUCAAGGUUGAGGCAGAUGCGUUUCUGGCCCUGAUUCACGAGGGGGUGCGGCAGCUGAAGCAGCUACUGCAGCAGGAGGGCUCGGGCACAGGGCAGGGCCAGCAGCAGCGGAAAGGGCAGGGGCGAGGAUGGUCGGAGGAGGAGGCGGAGAAGAAUGAGGAGCUUCUGGAAGAGGCUUUGGAUGCAGCAGAGUCGCUUGGAGCAGCUAACAGUGUCGUCCACCACUCCUCUGCCAUAUCCCCUCUUGCCGACCUCCUCUCCCAUCAUAAGCCCCUCGAGCAGCCACUCAAGCAGCUGCUGCACCCACCAGAGAAACAAAGGGCAGGCGCACAGGCUGGGCCUGGCAAGGGUGGGAGCGGGACGGUGAAGCAAGAGGGAAGCAGCGGUGUGCAGGAGCCUGGAGGAGGAAAAGGGAAGGGGAAGAAGGGAGCGGGUCGCAGUGGAGGGAAGGAUGGUGGGGGUGGUGGCAAGGGAGGGAAGAAGCAGCGAGGAGGCAAGUCAAAGAGGACCCACCGGUCCUCCUCCCUCCUGGGGAGCUCGCUGGCCAGCACCGCACAGGACCCACCGGCCCUCCUCCCCCCUGGGGAGCUCGCUGGCCAGCACCGCACAGGACCCACCGGUCCUCCUCCCCCCUGGGGAGCUCGCUGGCCAGCACCGCACAGGACCCACCGGUCCUCCUCCCCCCUGGGGAGCUCGCUGGCCAGCACCGCACAGGACCCACCGGGCCUCCUCCCCCCUGGUGAGCUCGCUGGCCAGCACCGCACAGGACCCACCGGUCCUCCUCCCCCCUGGGGAGCUCGCUGGCCAGCACCGCACAGGACCCACCGGUCCUCCUCCCCCCUGGGGAGCUCGCUGGCCAGCACCGCACAGGACCCACCGGGCCUCCUCCCCCCUGGUGAGCUCGCUGGCCAGCACCGCACAGGACCCACCGGUCCUCCUCCCCCCUGGGGAGCUCGCUGGCCAGCACCGCACAGGACCCACCGGGCCUCCUCCCCCCUGGUGAGCUCGCUGGCCAGCACCGCACAGGACCCACCGGUCCUCCUCCCCCCUGGGGAGCUCGCUGGCCAGCACCGCACAGGACCCACCGGUCCCCCUGGGGAGCUCGCUGGCCAGCACCGCACAGGACCCACCGGUCCUUCUCCCCCCUGGGGAGCUCGCUGGCCAGCACCGCACAGGACCCACAGGUCCGUUUCCGGCUGGCGCGAGGCCCCCGGUCCCAAUCUCCCACGGGAGCGCAUGGGUUGUGCCAAAUGUUUUGCCGCAGUCUUUCUUCGCCGGUAG